AUGCAUUCGGAAACCGACCCUCCUUCGGGUUUACAUCAAUCGUAUGAAAGCAUAAGAAUUUAGUCUGAAAAUUUUUCGGUGGAUUAAUUUAACAAAUUUCUCAAUUCGAUUUAUCUGAUCAAAUAACAGAGAACAACAUUAUACAAAUUGUGCAGCAGUACAAUAAAUUUGACUUCCUCAACCGAAAAUUGAACUUGUGAAAAAAUGGCAGCAAGCGACAAAUCUGUCGAUGACUCCCUCUACCCGAUCGCUGUACUAAUCGAUGAGUUGAAAAAUGAGGAUGUGCAGUUACGAUUGAACUCUAUUAAAAAACUGUCGACAAUUGCUCUUGCGCUGGGCGAAGAACGUACACGUUCUGAACUGAUUCCGUUUUUGACCGAAACAAUUUAUGACGAAGAUGAAGUACUUUUGGCAUUGGCUGAUCAACUCGGCAAUUUUACAAGUUUGGUGGGUGGACCAGAAUAUGCCAUGUAUUUAAUACCACCUUUGGAGAGUUUAGCAACAGUUGAAGAAACUGUUGUGCGUGACAAAGCUGUAGAAUCAUUGCGUACAGUGGCAGCAGAGCAUAGUGCCCAAGAUUUGGAAAUACACGUUGUACCAACAUUGCAACGUUUGGUUUCAGGUGAUUGGUUCACUUCACGUACAUCAGCUUGUGGACUUUUCUCUGUAUGUUAUCCAAGAGUUACCCAACCCGUAAAAGCAGAAUUACGCGCAAACUUCCGUAAGUUGUGUCAAGAUGAAACUCCGAUGGUUCGCAGAGCUGCAGCUAGCAAAUUAGGAGAAUUUGCAAAAGUCGUUGAAAUUGAAUAUCUCAAAUCAGAUUUAAUACCGAAUUUUGUGCAAUUAGCACAAGACGAUCAGGAUUCUGUACGUUUGUUGGCCGUAGAAGCCUGUGUUAGCAUUGCCCAAUUGCUACCUCAAGAAGAUGUUGAGCACUUGGUUUUACCGACUCUACGCCAAUGUGCCAGCGAUUCUUCUUGGCGAGUUCGAUAUAUGGUGGCAGAAAAGUUUGUAGAUUUACAAAAGGCUGUUGGGCCGGAAAUUACACGUGUUGACUUGGUGCCCGCUUUUCAGUAUUUACUGAAAGAUGCAGAAGCUGAAGUUCGUGCUGCAGUUGCUACAAAAGUAAAGGAUUUUUGCGCUAAUCUUGAUAAAACCAACCAGGUCCAGAUUAUCAUGAAUUCAAUAUUGCCAUAUGUGCGCGAUUUGGUGUCAGAUCCCAAUCCUCAUGUAAAAUCUGCUUUGGCGUCAGUUAUUAUGGGAUUAAGUCCUAUGUUGGGUGCGUAUAAUACUGUCGAACAUCUUUUGCCCUUAUUCCUUAUACAACUCAAAGAUGAAUGCCCAGAAGUUCGUUUAAAUAUAAUAUCUAACUUGGAUUGUGUUAAUGACGUCAUUGGUAUUCAACAACUGUCACAGUCGCUAUUGCCAGCUAUUGUUGAAUUAGCUGAAGAUUCGAAAUGGCGAGUACGUUUGGCAAUUAUUGAAUAUAUGCCCGCAUUAGCCGGUCAAUUAGGGCAAGAAUUCUUCGAUCAAAAGCUUCGUGGCUUAUGUAUGGGUUGGUUAAAUGAUCAUGUGUACGCCAUUCGAGAAGCAGCUACUUUGAAUAUGAAGAAGUUAGUUGAACAGUUUGGUGCCCAAUGGGCUGAGCAAGCUAUUAUUCCUAUGAUCUUGGUUAUGUCACGUAAUAAAAACUAUUUACACCGUAUGACUUGUCUUUUUUGCUUAAAUAUGCUCGCUGAGGUUUGUGGAACAGAUAUCACAACCAAAUUGCUGCUACCUACAGUACUUCUAUUGGCAGCAGAUCCAGUGGCCAAUGUUCGAUUUAAUGUUGCAAAAACACUACAGAAAAUUUCACCUUUCCUUGAAGCUAGUGUUAUUGACUCACAGGUGAAGCCAACACUUGAGAAGCUAAAUGCAGAUCCAGAUGUCGACGUAAAACAUUUUGCGUCAGAAGCGAUUGCGGGUAUCGCAGCAGAAAUGGAAUUAGACAUAUUUAGAAGUGUUAUUCCACCAGUUGAGGGUAAAGUGAAUUCUGCAGCCUUAAUGGCUAAAUUGGCUGUCCAGCCGCCAACAGAACGUACCAUAGAAGACGACGCAUUUAAUUCCGAAGUAAAAAAUGGCAAGGAUUAAAUAAUAAUGGCUCAAAAUGAACAGUAUAAAUUUAAAUACCAUCGCGAAGUCAACAUACAUUAAGAGCUGGUUUAUUGAACGUUUGCAGAUUAUUACUUGGCGAAGCAAAUAAUAAGAAUAUUACAUAUUUAAGCAUUACAUCAAAUUAUAAAGAUACAAACAAACAAAAAAAUAAAAACGGAUUGCACACAA